AUGACAAAGUCAGGAACAGUGGCCCUCUUCUCGCCAGGUCAACACGGCCACUUGAUUCCCUAUCUCGCUGCCAUCCACGCCUCAUGUAUCACUCACGACCGUACCAUUGCGGAAUUCCUCCCGCCUUUGUCUCAUGAGAAGCUUCUUGCGUGGUGGAAAGAGCGCAUCGCCGAAGUUGCAGACGGGAAACGGCUCAUCUUCAUCCUUCUGAACGAAACAGAACCAGGAGCUCGCCCAAGAGGGCCCGACGUUGUGGGCGUUGUCAUGCUUUACAUGCCUUCUUCAGAAACAGGCCCAUUCCGCGGUGUUGUCGAGAAGUUGCUUGUACACAAGGCUUUCCGUGGAAGGGGAGGUGCCAGGACUCUAAUGUCCGCCCUCGAGACCGAGGCUACAAAGAGAGGGCGAACUAUUCUCGUUCUUGAUACUGAGACGGGGAGCCCAGCAGAAGAAGUGUACAAGAAGCUCGGCUAUGUUGAGCUUGGCCAGAUCCCCAAAUAUGGCCUAAGUCCAAACGGUGAGCUGAAAGAUGGCACCUUCUUCUGGAAACACCUGGCGUUGUAG